AUGGCAGACGGACCAAUUCGAACGGAAGAGGCGCGUGAUUUAACUCGUGUGGAGCGCGUAGGGGCGCACUCCCACAUUCGCGGGCUUGGUCUGGACGACACUCUCGAGGCGCGACUCCUAAGCCAGGGAAUGGUAGGGCAAGUGGAGGCACGUCGGGCUGCCGGCGUGGUGGUGCGGAUGAUCAAAGAGGGCAAAAUAGCAGGGCGCUGUGUGCUGCUAGCGGGCGGCCCUGGUACAGGCAAAACCGCCAUCGCGAUGGGCAUGGCACAGUCUCUUGGGCCGGAAACUCCCUUCACGAUGAUCGCCGGGAGUGAGAUAUUUUCGCUAGAGAUGUCCAAAACAGAGGCCCUGACGCAGGCUUUCCGCCGUAGCAUUGGUGUUCGCAUCAAGGAAGAGACUGAAAUUAUUGAGGGUGAGGUGGUUGAAAUCACCAUUGAUCGCCCGUCAACUAAUCCUGCCGAAGCGGGAAGUCGAAGUGGGCAGCUCGUCUUGAAAACUUCUGACAUGGAAUCAAUGUUUGACCUUGGUCAGAAAAUGAUUGACAGCCUGCAGAAGGAAAAGGUGCAGGUUGGAGAUAUCAUUACUAUUGACAAGGCUACUGGUCGCAUUAAUAAGCUCGGUCGCAGUUUUGUACACAGCAAAGACUUUGAUGCAAUGUCGUCAAACACACGCUUUGUGCAGACGCCUGAGGGCGAGCUAUCGAAACGAAAGGAGGUAGUUCAUACCGUCACUCUGCACGAGGUGGACGUGAUUAACUCUCGACAGCAGGGAUUUUUGGCACUCUUCGCUGGUGACACCGGUGAAAUCAAGACUGAGGUGCGGGAGCAGAUCGAUCAGCGCGUCGCGGAGUGGCGGGAGGAGGGCAAGGGUGAAAUUGUUCCUGGUGUUCUUUUCAUCGAUGAGGUUCAUAUGCUAGAUAUCGAGUGCUUUUCGUGGCUCAACCGAGCCUUGGAGAGCCCCUUGGCGCCAGUAGUGAUUGUUGCCUCUAAUCGUGGGAUUUCACGUAUUCGUGGGACACAGUACCACUCCCCCCAUGGUAUUCCAAUUGACCUAUUAGAUCGUAUGGUCAUUAUUACAACAAAGACGUAUUCGGAACAAGAACUUGGAAAGAUCAUCCAAAUCCGCUGCGAGGAGGAGGAUGUGGAGAUGGAGUCGGAUGCGGUAGCGCUUCUGACAAUGCUUGGCAAGAGCACAUCUCUACGCUAUGUGUUGCAGCUAAUUACUACAGCCAAUUUAGUGGCCCAAAAGCGUAAGUCCCCAACUGUUUCGGUCGCUGAUAUCAAGAAAGUCUAUUUACUUUUCAUUGAUCUGCGACGCAGUGUGGAACUAUUGCAGCAACACGAAAAGGACUUCUUAUUUGGUGAAGAUGACAUGAAUGUAGAGAACUUCGCCCGAUUAAAAUGUAACACCGAUGUUUGUGAUGCCAAUGAGGAGGAAACAGUGAAUUAA